UUCGUUUUAUGAUGCAAACAACAUUCGGGAUAAGAGUCGGGUUAAAAUAGACAGAGACAGCGAGUUUCGGGCUGUCGGAAGACACUUUUGAUAUUUAGGGCCGAGGUAACUGGGAAGUUAAAAUAUGUCUAAUAUAACUCUAUGCUCGUUUUUACUCUAUGGUGAAGAUGUUACGACGGGAACUUCCGAUCUGUGUGUUGCGGACGAGAACUUCCGAUAGUGUCUUCGUCACCAAAACAAGAAGCUGAGGAAGCGCUCUAGUCGAGAAAAAAAAGCCAACGUCAAAGAUAUUUAAAAUAGAUAUUGCAAAAAUGGAAGAUAUGGAAAAAACAGUACUGAACGUGCAAUAAAGGCAAGGGCUUUAAAGGAAUACUAGUUAGGGUACGAAGCUGCGGUCAACAGGACCCGGGUGUUGCCUGCUGUGACGGUUGCUGGGGGAGAGAGCGGCUGGGACAGGGAAGGCAGCGAGUCUGAACGCUUUUGCAGAACAGGGGUUGGAGGGGGAAACAGGGAUCGACAAGGGGUUAUAUAAAAUCACUGAAAUACCUGGAAAAUAAACAAAGAUAAAUAAACUGGUGGCCAAAGAAAGCUUUCCACGUUCCUGUCGGCAUUUGUAUAGGAUCGGGGGGUGGUUUCAGCCUGAAGGAGCCCGAGGGAUUGCCGGGUGGCCAGCCGGAGACACGGGGAGCAGGAUUGGGAAGCAGAGCGGAGCGGGUGCUGCGGGGGUGGCGGAGAAGAUGGCAGGCAGCCCCGAGAAAAGCGCCUCCGCCCAGGAGCUGAAGGAGCAGGGGAACCGACUCUUCCUCAACCGCAAGUACCAGGAAGCGGCAGUCUGCUACAGCAAAGCUAUCAACCGGAAUCCCUCAGUGGCAGUGUACUACACCAACCGGGCUCUGUGUUACGUGAAGCUGCAGCAGCACGACAAGGCCCUGGCUGACUGCAAGCAUGCCCUAGAGCUGGACAGCCAGUCAGUGAAGGCACACUUCUUCCUGGGCCAGUGCCACCUGGAGCUGGAGAACUAUGACGAGGCCAUCGGCAACCUGCAGAGAGCCUACAACCUGGCUAAGGAGCAGCGGCUGAACUUUGGGGACGAUAUCCCUGGAGCCCUCAGGAUAGCAAAGAAGAAACGCUGGAACAACAUUGAAGAGAAGCGCAUCAACCAGGAGAACGAGCUGCACGCCUAUCUCACCAAACUCAUCCUGGCAGAGAAAGAGAGUGAACAAGCAGACUUCAGAGAAAGACAAGAAAACUUGGAAGACAACAGAUGCAGGAAUGAAUUAGCAAAGAUUGAAGCUAAGCAUGAUAAAUACCUGUCAGACAUGGAAGAGUUGUUCUCUCAAGUAGAUGAAAAAAGAAAGAAGCGGGAUAUCCCUGAUUAUCUAUGUGGAAAGAUCAGCUUUGAGUUGAUGAGAGAGCCCUGCAUUACCCCCAGUGGAAUCACAUAUGACCGCAAAGACAUAGAGGAGCAUCUGCAGCGAGUUGGACACUUUGACCCUGUGACCCGGAGUCCCUUAACCCAGGAUCAGCUGAUCCCAAACUUGGCUAUGAAGGAGGUGAUCGACGCAUUUAUCUCAGAGAAUGGCUGGGUAGAGGAUUAUUGACCUGCAGGGUUCAAGACCAAUAGAGAUGCCCUCCUGGAUUUGCACUUUAACCCAGCGGCCGUGCGACAGACUGCCUUACGGAGCACAAGCCCCCUGGAAUCUCUCAUUUUACCAUUGUUUAAUCUGCUCUCAAAGGCUGGGAGCUGAUCCCAAUGGAAAAAUCUAAUAUGUUCAAAAUAGCAUACAAAAAAAUCAUACGGUACUAGUGGCUACUACAAAUCAUUUUGAAUGUCCUUGUCAGUAAUACCCUUUAUUCUUUUUAUGUGCACUGAGCACCAUUUCACAGAGUCUACUUGACUGUUAAUCCAUAGAACUUGUUUAACAUCCAGAAUGUGGUAGGUGCCAGUUUUCAGUCCCAGCUAUUGCACUUACUUGUUGGGCUGGGGUUUUCGGAUUGGGCCACUAGUUCUUUAUUUCCCUGUGAUUCAGCCACCUACCUGCAAAUCAUGGUUACAAGUAUCAGCACCCACAGAAAAUGGAGCUCUAAGUUUGGUUAUUGUUUGAGGGGAGUAACUGGAUAACUGAUGAGCUAGUCCACAUCCCCACCACUAGAACCAUACUGAGAUUCCCCAGAAACCGAUGCUUUCCAAAUACUGCAAAAGUUGUUGUAUUAAAAAUGGUAUUGUACACUUUGCUGCCUUCAUCCCAUGAGAUUUAAAAAACACAAGAAAUGGGCUUGGGGGUAAGGGAGUGGAGUGGAGUGGAGAAAGGCAGAUGAUAGGGUUGGGUUGGACAUAUUGUAUUGUGUAUGUAUGAAGAAUUUGAAAACUCGACUAUCUUUUCUUCAUUGGCAUUCAUAAAGCUAUGGCAUCACAGUAACAGCAUUGUAAUGUAGCACUGUAGUGGUUUUGCAUUUGUGUCCCACACUUGUGUGGUACUAAAGGUCUAAAUACAGUUUUCUGAAAUCUUAUCCGUGGGUUGCUGUACCCAUAUGCCACACACACACACACACACACACACACACCUACCUACACCUGUUCUUGAGCACACUAUUAAAGUGAUUGUAGCUAACACAAUAAUUCAAUAGGUUUUCCACUUGAAGAAAUGUUUUAUUUCUCAGUCUUUAAAUUGUCUCCAGCCUUCAAUUUGUUUGAAACUCAAAAUAGUUUUUGUUUGUAUUUUUUAUUUAUUUUUUUUUUAAUUGCCAUAUUUGAAAUAUUUGGCAGGAACACAUCGGUAUUGGUUUUGUUUUAGUAUUUUCCCCCAGUGUUUUGGGAAUCUGAAAUCCUUUUGAUUCAGUGUGUUGUAUUAUCAUGUACCCAGGUGUUGCAUAUCCUCAAACACCAGAGACACGGUUCAUUUCAUAAAUAUGGAGACGUUUUUAAAUAGGUAUGUAGUGGAAAUGUUCAUAUGUACGUUACACUUCAGAACCGCUUAUUCAAUGAUAUUGAAACACGGUAAGGUCGUUCUUUUGUGAAACCUAUGAGAAAGUCAAGGCGGCAAACGUUUAGCCUAGUGCCGCCUUCAGUGGUGGUGGUGUUUUUUUUCAAGUAAAUAAUAAGGUAAUUCUUUAGCAAGGUUUUGAGACUUGCAGAAUCUGGGUAUAUAUGCAGGAAUCUUUAUGUCCCUAAGUUACACGUACAUUUUUUUCAUGUCAUUUCUUUUAAAUUUAUGGUGCUUGUAAAACCAAAGUUGCACUGGGAGUUUGUGUAAACAUACAUUGAGGUCAAGAACAGUCUGCCGUAUGAUUGUUAAACUUGCUGCGUUUGCAAAAAUUUUUUCAAAAGUACGUGGCACAUGGCUAAUUAAGGUUUUAUGGAGUGCAUGGUACCUGUAUCCUUACUGAAAGUGUGGGUCCCUUUGAGUCCCAGAAAGACUGGAAAGCCGGGGUUGAGUGCUGAGAUGGUAAGUGCGGGGCAUUUUUUCCAUGCUUACAAAUCUUUUACAUUAAGAACCUUUGUUAUAAAUAGCUUCUUUUCAAAUACAAACACCCCUUUCAUUGUGUUGACAGGUUAGUUUCCAUAUAUUUUGUUUAGUUUUUUGGAGAAAAAUAAAAUGUGAUGGUUUACCAUG